CAGCAGCAGCGGGGAGACAACGGGGCAGCCGGCGGGCGGGCGGGCGAGCGAGGGAGGACGGCGAGCCAGCCACGCCACGGGCAGACUUGCUCAACCUUUGAAGACAUUUGAGAUGAAAUAUUUUGAAUAACAUCCAAGAUAAUGUGUGGAGGAUCCUGACUUUGAAGGUGGCUGCCCUUCUCAUAUUUAUAUUCAAGGCUUGGCGGAAAGAGAGAAGUAUCUGGGCCUCGCUUUGCAAACCGUACAUAUAAUCUCCAAUUCAUAUGCACUCCAGCACCCCUAUUAGUUCUUUGUUCUCCUUCACCAGCCCAGCAGUAAAGAGACUGCUAGGCUGGAAGCAAGGAGAUGAAGAGGAGAAGUGGGCAGAAAAAGCUGUUGAUUCCUUAGUAAAGAAGCUGAAGAAAAAGAAAGGAUCCAUGGAGGAACUGGAGCGGGCACUGAGCUGUCCUGGACAGCCCAGUAAGUGUGUCACAAUCCCUCGCUCUCUGGAUGGGAGAUUGCAAGUAUCUCACCGUAAAGGUCUGCCACAUGUCAUUUACUGCAGAGUAUGGCGCUGGCCUGAUCUACAGUCUCACCAUGAAUUAAAGCCAUUGGAAUGUUGCGAGUUCCCAUUUGGCUCCAAGCAGAAAGAAGUGUGCAUUAAUCCAUACCAUUAUCGGCGUGUGGAAACUCCAGUGUUGCCUCCAGUGCUGGUUCCAAGACACAGUGAGUUUAACCCACACCUCAGCCUCCUUGCCAAAUUCCGGAACACGUCCCUUCACAGUGAGCCUCUGAUGCCUCACAAUGCAACCUAUCCUGAUUCUUUCCAGCAGCUUCCCUGCACUCCCUUUCCAGCAUCACCCAAUGUGUUUUCUCAGUCACCCAGCAGCGCAAGCUACCCUGAUUCUCCAGGAAGUUCUUCUGCACCAGGAAGUCCUUAUCAAGUCACAGUUGAAACACCACCUCCACCUUAUCAUGCAAGAGAAACACUCAGAAACCACAGUGGGCGUCCAUUGCAUCCACCCGCAGACAGCCAGUUAGUGCUGUCUUUGCCCAAUGGAGACUUCCGACCUGUUUGUUAUGAAGAGCCGCAGCACUGGUGCUCAGUAGCCUAUUAUGAACUCAAUAAUCGAGUAGGGGAGACUUUUCAGGCCUCUUCUCGAAGUAUACUUAUAGACGGCUUUACAGAUCCUUCAAACAAUAAGAACAGGUUCUGCCUUGGACUGCUCUCCAAUGUAAACAGGAACUCUACUAUAGAGAACACCAGGAGACACAUCGGAAAGGGUGUUCACCUCUAUUAUGUUGGAGGAGAGGUAUAUGCCGAGUGUGUGAGUGACAGCAGCAUUUUUGUGCAGAGCCGCAACUGUAACUAUCAGCAUGGUUUCCACCCGGCUACUGUCUGCAAGAUCCCCAGUGGCUGCAGCCUGAAGAUUUUCAAUAACCAGCUCUUUGCCCAAUUGCUUGCCCAGUCAGUUAAUCACGGCUUCGAGGUGGUAUAUGAGCUAACCAAGAUGUGUACCAUUCGGAUGAGCUUUGUGAAAGGCUGGGGAGCAGAGUAUCAUCGCCAGGAUGUUACAAGCACUCCGUGCUGGAUUGAGAUCCACCUCCAUGGACCAUUGCAAUGGCUAGAUAAAGUGCUGACGCAAAUGGGUUCUCCUCACAACCCCAUCUCCUCUGUUUCAUGAGAAUCGUCUCUGCAACCUGACGCUGGGAUGAACGCUAUUGCAGGCAGUGGCUGGUAGAAUUCUCACAUUGCAGCAACCCUGAAUUUCUGUAUGUAGUUGUAAAUAUAUGAAUGUGUAUAUACAUAGCCUGUUAUUGGAGAGGUGGUGGUGAAUGUUUUAUGGUCUGUUUUGUGAUUAUUAAUACAGUGCUAGUCUGAUCCUUUGUGUUGCUGUCUGUGGGAAAAGUUACAAAAAUCUUGGGUCAACAGGCAUGUUUUUGGUUUGAAUAAGGCCAGUGUUAGGUAUAUUGCUUAAAAAAAAUCAAAACUGCACCAAGAGAAGUAAAACUGUGUAACUUAUAUUAAUUGUGCAUGUCUAGCAAAAUGGCAUAUAAAAUUGUAAGAAUUGUCAUGCUGAAUCCAGACCAAGGUGCAUCUAGUCCAUAUUCUGCCAUUCAGAUAUUUGUGGAAGUCCAUAGAGUUUUGGCAAUGUCUUUUUUGUCAAUAAUACCUAGCAAUUGAGGCAUGGAGCCUUCAGUCAUGAAGGUUCCAUUGAACUGUUAUAGAUAAUAGCAUUGAUAGACCCAUACUCCAUGAAUUUGUUCAAUGUAUUAGUUUGUGCCAUUCAUUCUCCCUCUUUCAGCCUUGCAGAAAGGCUGGUAACAAAACCUCUGAUCGCUGGAAAUUGUGCUGAUUCAUGCACACAUGCAAAAUUUCAUGAGGUGUUGGCCUCAUCAUUUGAAAUCUGUUUUCAAUAUUUAGAUUUGUAAACUUGGUUUUAGAAAUAAAAUCUGAGUCUGGAGGUAUACCCUAUGUUAACACAUAGCUGCCAUUGAAAAUGGCACCCACCCAUGUUGGUAUAUCUUUCUCGUUACUUAACAUAACCUGAGAAAACAGGGACUUGUCUCCUCUCUAAGAUCCUACUUACCCUUCUCUGUAAUGCCUAGGACAAAUUUGCCUAGGUCCUGAUACCAUGGCACUGUAUUUUCCCCCCACUAAUGCCAUCCAGUGGGGUAGGGCAAGACUACAUGAUAAAUACACAACUACUGCCCAAAAAGACAACUGUGUGUUUAACUUUUCCUUUGGUAACAGCAGAGUUACCCACAUCCUGAUGUCAAGGCAGGGUACUUUCCCCCACUUCUCCUCACAUUAUUUGCUGGUGGAGGGGGUGGGGUGGGCCAGGAUGCACUAUCCUGUGAUGUCAGGACGUGUAUUUGCACCAGGUGAUAUGAUCAUGCAGUUGCUGUUUUUGGCUCCAGCUGAUCAUUUAUUUGUUGUAACAUGUUAUAUCGUGUGGUUCUUGAGGUGGCAAGUUUUGCACACAGUAUCUAAUUCUGCACUUGCACUGUGUGACUAUGAAACAUGCUCAGCCUUGAUGUGCUAAACUAGUUAGAUUGACACACAACUGCUAUUUCCUAUAAACAUAGCGUCCUUCCUUAUUGACGAACUGGAUGGUUGACAAACAUUCUGGAUUAAGAACUUGGCUUGUUGCUAUUCAUAACAAUUCUUAUUUACCCUUGUGAAGAAUUCAUAUACUUGAUACAUGUGCUAAAUUUCAGUUUUUAGCUAAUUGAUGACUUGAGGUCAUUUUGUACAAGGAUGUAUGAUCAUAGAAACCUCCUUACUUCCCAGUUCUGUAAAGAUUAUGAGAGAGAGGCCCCUGUGUGCAUAACUCCACAACCCAAAGUCAGUUGGACAGUUGCAGUAAGGAAAAGCCAGAUCAUUGGAUGACAAGAGCAUUUUGUAAGAAACUUUAAUUGGAAAUUAAGAGGCUGGGCCAAGAGUAUUCCAUGCAGGGAGAAACCAGGUGUCUUUGCUGCUACAAUGCUAGGGCCAUUAAAAGAAGCCAUGGUGAGUCCUCUUUUAAAAAACCAUCUCUGGACCCCACUGACCUGGUCAUUUACUGUCUGUUCUCAAACCUCCCGUAUCUGGAAAAGGUGAUUGAGUAGGCAGUGGUGGAACAGCUGCGGGGCUUCCUGAUAUCUCGGCCCUAGAUCUCUUCCAGUCCAGGUUCUGCCCAGAGAUGUUGGGACGGGACGCAGACGUUGCUGGUUGCCCUCACAGACGAUCUUCGCAGAAAUCUGGACUGAGGCGGCUCGGCAUUGCUGAUAUUACUGGAUCUAUCAGCAGCAUUCAAUACAGUCAAUUAUGAUCUUUUGACUCACUGCCUCGCCGAUGUGGGGAUACGAGGGACGGUCUUGCAGUGGCUUGUCUCUUCAUGGUUGGGGCCAGAGGGUGGUGCUUGAGGAGAAAUUGUCAUCCCACCACCCUUUGGUGUGCAAGGUCCCGCAGGGAGCAAUACUCUCCCCAUUACUGUUUAAAGUCUAUAUGUGCCUCUUUGCCCAGUUGGUGCAAAGUUUUGGACUCAGGUGCCAUCAAUAUGCAGAUGACAUCCAGUUGUAUCUGAUGAUGGACGGCUGGCCCGCCUCGGCCUCAGAUGUCCUGGAAUGUGCUUUUGCAGCUGUGACUGGCUGGUUGAAACAGAAUCGGCUGAAAUUGAACCCGACAAAGACAGAGGUCCUGUACUUGAGCCAUGGGGGGUUAGGUUCGGGACUCCGGCUUCCGGCCCUCGAUGGGGCACUGCUGGUGACAGUUCCGAGGGUUAGGAGCCUAGGGGUGAUUCUGGAUGCCUCCCUGAAAAUGGAGGCACAGGUCGCAGUGGUUAUCAGGUUCUCUUUUUUCCAUCUGCGCAGACCAGGCAACUUGUCCCGUACCUGUCAACCCAUGACUUAACUACAGUGAUCCAGGCAACGGUCAUCUCUAGACUGCAACUCGCUCUACAUAGGGCUGCCCUUGAGCCUGACCCAGAGAUUACAGCUGGUACAAAAUGCAGCAGCGCGUGAUAUUACAAGAGUGCCAAAUGGGGCACAUAAAACACCAAUAUUACGCAAGCUGCACUGGUUGCCUGUGGAGUACCAGAUCAGAUUCAAGGUUUUGGCACUGACCUAUAAGGCCCUACGCGAACUGGGACCAGCGUAUCUGCGGGAUCGUCUCUCCCCAUAUAUUCCCCAGAGCACACUCCGAUCAGGAGAUAAACAGUUGUUGGUGGUCCCUGGCCCCAAGGAGGCCCGCUUAGCCUUGACCAGAGCCAGGGCCUUCUCAGUCCUGGUUCCCACCUGAUGGAGCACUCUGUCUACUGAGACUAGGGCCCAGCAAGACCUACUAUCUUUUCUCUGGGCCUGUAAGACAGAGCUGUUCCGCCAGGCGCAUGGCUGAGGUCUGGGCCUCCGCUGGCCAGAAACAACAAGGGGUGUAUAAAAUCUAACCCUCCCUGCGAAGGCUGUCCACCAUCCUGUUUUAGUUUGUAAUGCUGACUGCAUAAUUAGAAAUAUGUUUUUAUUUUAAUGAUAUUUUUAAAUGUUUUAUGGAAAUGAGUUUUACUGUAUUUUAAUGGGUUGUGAUCCGCCCUGAGCCCGCUUGCGGGAAGGGUGGAAUAGAAAUGUGAAAAUAAAUAAAAAAUAAAAUAGA